AUAUUUCCUAGGAAAAAAGGCAAGACGGAGCAACAGGAGGUAGCUCGGACCAACCUUCAUUGAAACCAAACUUCGUUGGGGGCAGAAUCAUCAGAUCCAGAUGAUUAUGGGUGCACAAUCACUCCAUCUCACCAACCCCAAACACGCGCAUGCAUGAUGCACGCACCCUGUCUCUUUCUCCCUGCAGCAUACGGAUACGAUAAAAAUAGGUACAUUUCCCAUUGGACGGUCGCACAGAGAUAGAGACGCGCGCACAGGUUUGAGACUAGAAGUGGCCUUCUUUUUGUAAUACCCAACCUCUGUCUCUCUCUCGGGGCUGUCAGCCAGUCCCUGCGCUACGUUUCGAUCCCCUUCCGUUGCUUGCUUACUUCCAGGUUGUGUGUUUCCUUGGAAACCCCUUCCAGACUAUCGUUCUACGCCUGCUUUUGGGACCCACUAAUCUCUUUUUAUGGAUUCGAUUUUCUGAGACACGAGGCCAGAUUCUUGGUUUUGGGUUCCGAUUGUUUUUGCUCUUAUUUCGUUGGAUUCUCUCAGGGACGGUGCAAAUCCGCUCCAAAAUUUGCAGAUGGGGGAUGUUGCAAAGGAUUUGGCUGCUGGGACUGUUGGAGGAGCAGCACAAUUGAUUGUCGGACAUCCCUUUGACACCAUUAAGGUCAAGCUCCAGAGCCAGCCUGCUCCACUUCCAGGCCAAACUCUCAAGUAUGCAGGUGCAAUGGAUGCUGUCAGACAAACAGUAGCUGCUGAAGGCCCUAGAGGUUUGUACAAGGGUAUGGGGGCUCCACUGGCCACUGUGGCUGCCUUCAACGCUGUCCUCUUCAGUGUGAGGGGACAAAUGGAGGCAUUAUUGCGAUCUCAACCGGGUGCUCCCCUUACGGUUAACCAGCAAAUAGUCUGUGGGGCAGGGGCUGGGGUUGCCGUUUCUGUUUUAGCUUGCCCUACUGAAUUGAUCAAGUGCAGGUUGCAAGCCCAGAGUGCAUUGGCAGAUUCUAGUUCAGCCAGUGUGGCAGUGAAGUAUGGAGGCCCAAUGGAUGUAGCCAGGCAUGUUCUCAGAUCAGAAGGUGGUGUAAGGGGUCUCUUCAAAGGAUUGGUUCCUACUAUGGCACGUGAGGUUCCCGGAAAUGCUGCUAUGUUUGGUGUCUAUGAAGCUCUGAAGCAGUUUUUUGCUGGUGGUCAAGACACUUCUAAAUUGGGAAGAGGCUCUUUGGUUGUGGCUGGAGGUCUAGCUGGAGCUUCCUUCUGGCUGUUGGUCUACCCAACUGAUGUUGUCAAGAGUGUAAUUCAGGUAGAUGAUUACAAAUAUCCCAAGUUCUCUGGCUCCAUUGAUGCUUUUAGAAAGAUCCUGGCCUCAGAGGGAGUGAAGGGCCUGUACAAGGGCUUUGGACCUGCCAUGGCCCGAAGUGUUCCUGCAAAUGCUGCAUGCUUCUUGGCAUAUGAGGUGACAAGAUCAAGUUUGGGAUAAUCGCUUCUUCCGGUGUUAUUCACUCCCAAGAAUUUAAUGUUAGCCGUUCAAGAGAUUGUUUUGCAAUGCUGGCACGCUCUUUGCAAUCUGUAAUUUCAUUUGGUUGCUGGAAGAAACCACCUUUCAUCAUUUGAUAUAUAAAAGCACCUAUUGCUGAACCUUGCUUAUAAGAUGUUCUCGGAUAUGAACUUUUAUGUGAGCACAUUGGAUGGUGGACAUAAAGAACUUUUGGUGCCAAAGAAAGGCCCCCCAACGAGGGUUUUGUUUCCACGUUUCAGUCAGGCUUGGCCAUAGUUGUGAUAAAUGACUUCACAAGGUCUGCCCAUUUUACCAUUAUAUACUUGUAUUUAGGAAUUUUAACUUUCUUUUACCAGCUUUAGCUAAAACCUGUUUGGUGCUUUUACAUGUUUCGGAAGAUAAGAAGAGGUUUUGUUGGAGGGAAAACUGACAUUAUGACAAACUUCAUAAAAUGUGGACGUUGGACUGGAAA